CGAGAAGGAGGGGCACACGCGCGCCAAUCAUGGCGAGGGUGACCGCUUGUGGGGGGAUGCGUCUUCAUCUCUGUCGUGUCGUUCAGGAAUCAGAUGGGUUGUGCUCCCUCCUCCUUCCUCCCGCAACCAAAGUCCUUCAAGUAUGUCCAGGUGUUCGUCAAUAGCAUGUCUGGAGCCGUACACCAGAUCAGCUACGACUGCAGCACACAGCUUGUGGAGUUCGCCGAGUGUGUCAGCAAGGUCAGAGGAGAGAGAUGGGAUGGGAUGGGAUGCCACGCACAUGCGCUCUUGCGUGCGUCGUGGGUGUCAAUGUGUGUGUAGGUCUCCGGUACCAGGGUCUCUGAAGAGGAUCUACUAUUAAGCGGCUACAGGAUGAUGGCACUGGACCGCAGCGUGGAGGUCAUGCUUCAGGACAGAGGGGACAGCAAGGAAUCCCCUAUUGUCGUCAUACUUUACGACGACAGCGACUAUUACACUGCACGCCGAUGCAAGGUCCCCAGCUGCAGGGCGAGCCACACAACACACCGCUGUCACCUGUGGUGGGAAAUGAGACGGGCAGACUGACGUCGUCCCACCUGCUUGUGACUGUGUGUGUUUCUAUCUUUCGUGUUUGCAGCGGCGACGAGGACAGCGAUCACCUUCCAGAUCAUUGCCCGAGGAGUACGGUGCUGUACCACCAAACCGGCCACACAGCCGCAAUGGCCAUCAAGGCAUCCGGCAAGAUGCGCCGUGGCCUGUCUGGAAUGGCGGGGCCUGGCAUCUACUUCGCCGAGACUCCACAACACACGAACGAGAAGGCACGAGGGGGCUCUGGGUACAUGGUCACGGCGCGCGUCUAUCUCGGCAACAGCAAACACGUGUACGAUCCGUGCCAUGAGACAUACACGUCCCUCAAAGCUGUAGGCUACGACAGCGUCACCAUUCAGGGGCGGCGGACGGGCACCGAGUAUGUGGUAUACAACUGGGAUCAGGUGAGUCAAUGAGAACCGAAGGGGAAAGGGGAAUGAUCGUUCCAUGUCGGUCAUCCUGCGCCCGCUAUGCUUGCAUUCACACAGGUAAAGGUGCUUGAUGUGUCAACCGCAUGAUGAGAGACAAGUUUUAGCGAGUCAGGAGGAUGGUAUUCAUGUGCCUCGUGUAUAUUUGUGUGUAUAUGAGGACAGGAGCUGUCUGUGGCUGUAGCUUUAGCUGUAGGUGUACGUAGAGGGAAUGAUGCACGUAUCCAUCGAGUGCUGGCGUCGGCUGCUCUCGAGUAACAGAGGGACGGGGGGAGAUAGGGUGGAAGAGCGGGUCUUAUUGCUCACGUUGUAUUGUGACCUAUCGUGAUGUGUGAUUUCCAGAGGUCAUUUAGCGAGGCAUGCAUGGCACGCAGCGCCAUCUGACAAGAGAUGCUACAUGAUGGAUGUGUCAGGCGCGUGUUUGUGACAGCUUUAUGCACGUCUGAAGUGAACUUGC